CGAAACUGUCACCUUUCGGCUGAUUUCGUAAAAGCGACCAUCAGCAGCAGAACACUCAUCGGGGACAAAAAGUCAAGCUCAAUCCAAAUAUCGUCAAAAAAUCGCCUUUUCAUCCACAAACUAGGGCAGAAAAUAAUCCAAAAUGCUGAUCAAAGUGAAGACCCUCACCGGAAAGGAAAUCGAGAUCGACAUUGAGCCCACGGACAAAGUGGACCGAAUCAAGGAACGGGUGGAGGAAAAAGAAGGAAUCCCCCCGCAGCAGCAGCGUCUGAUUUUCUCCGGCAAACAGAUGAACGAUGAUAAAACAGCACAGGAUUACAAGGUACAGGGUGGUUCCGUGCUCCACUUGGUCCUAGCUUUGCGCGGGGGUCGUCUGUAGAGCUUGGAGGAUGUCGUUGGAUCGCCCGAGGCCGGAGGCCGGAAUAAUUUUGUGAUGCAUGUGAGACAACGCCAGCAGGACUUCCAUCGAGUCCGGAAUGCGGAAGUAAGAUCGUAAGCUCACUUUGGUUCUCUUUUCUCUGAUAAGGUUAAAUUAUUCUGUUUUAUCUCCCUAAAUUUCUGAAGAAUAAAUCUACGAAAGUGGUCUGAAAGGAA